GCUGUGGCUGUCAGGGCUGAGGUGCUGGAGGGAUGCUCAGUCUCCCCCUCUCCGCCUCUCGCUCUUUUCUCUCUCCCUCUCGCUCUCUUUCUCUCCAUCUCGCUUGCUCGCCUCCCUCUGUAUAAUCCACAUCUAGGGCAAGCUGAUUGAGAGCCAGUCCAGUGCUCAGCUCCUCUCUGCAGGCUGAGAAAAGAGAGAGAGAAAGACAUAGAAACGCUGCUUCUCAACGCAGGAGGAAAAACGGGAGGAAGAAAACGGGUUUGGAAAAAGGGAAGAGAAAUACCGAGGAAGAUUUCAUCUGAGGAUAUCAUUUAUACCUGUACAUAUUGUUUAUAUAUAUAUAUUUGUACACACGCAUAUAGAUAUUUAUAUACAUAUUUCUCUGUAUAUAUCUGUGUAUUUGUGCUUGUCUGUUUAUACUAAUAUUUUUAUAUGUAUUUGUGUGUGUGUGUGUAAAUAUAUAUAAACAAAUUAAUAUAUCUAUGAAUUUAUAUACAUAUCACUGUGAAACAAGAGCGGCGAGAGGAAAAUGUACCAUCGGGGCUGGUCUCUGAUUGUGUGAUCGUAUACAAUAUUUUCAAUAUUCUUUUCUUUUAUCUUCUACGUCAAGAGGAAGGAAGACUACGUACUCAUUUUUUGUUUUCCUGUUGCUACUUCCACCUCCUCACUCUUUUUUUGUCAUCUGAGGGGAAUGAAGAGAGGAGAGUAACGGGAUUUGGAGAAAAGGGGAAAAUCUGUCGAAUUGCUGUGAUUAGUGUUAUUUUCAUCGGUAUUAGUGCUCUGCGAGCCGAUCGCAGCGUGCUGCGUGUGAUCUGAGGAGGCAGCAGAGAGAAAGUGCCACACCACGCCGCUCAGCGCCAGCUCAGCGCCAGCCCAGCGCCAGCCCAGCCAGCAUGCACAAACACCACCACUGCUGCAAGUGCCCAGAAUGUUACGAGGUGACCCGCAUGGCCGCCCUGCGCAGGAUGGACGCUCCUCAGUACCAAGAAUGGCAGGCCGAGCCCUAUGGAUACCCGGCCGGGUACGGGCCCGGAGGCGGGCAGACCUUACCCCAGCCUCCAGUCUCAGGGGGAGGAGGAGGCAUGGGAGGAGGAGGGGGCACUCUGGGGAGAAGUAAGGGCAAGAUGACGUCUGCCGGGGGUCCCGGAGGCCCAAACCCCAAGGGCCAAUCCAAGGGCGGCACCAAGGUGAAUGGCAACAAUUCUGGUGGUCAAGCAGGUUGGUGGCCGGAGUGCACCUGUUCCAACCGGGAGUGGUACGACCAGGUGAACCCUCCCCCUGUCAUCGUCAACGCAGACUCAUUGGAUGCAGGCCCUUAUGUAAAUGGCAGUGAUGGGAUGUAUAAAUAUGACGAGAUCAUCUUGGAAAGGGGUAACUCUGGCCUGGGCUUCAGCAUCGCUGGGGGGAUGGACAAUCCACACAUCCCAGAUGACCCAGGGAUCUUCAUCACCAAGAUCAUCCCUGGAGGAGCUGCAGCUAUGGACGGCAGGCUGGGGGUGAAUGACUGUGUGCUGCGUGUGAACGAGGUGGAUGUCUCUGAGGUAGUCCACAGCCGGGCGGUGGAGGCCCUAAAAGAGGCUGGCCCUGUGGUCAGGCUGCUGGUCAGGAGAAGACAGGCCCCUCCUGAGACCAUCCUGGAGAUCAACCUGCUCAAGGGGCCCAAAGGCCUUGGCUUCAGCAUCGCUGGGGGGAUUGGCAACCAGCACAUCCCUGGAGACAACAGCAUCUACAUCACAAAGAUCAUCGAGGGCGGGGCCGCGCAGAAAGACGGACGGCUGCAGACCGGAGACCGCCUGCUAGCUGUGAACAACAUCAUCCUGCAGGACGUGCGUCACGAGGAGGCGGUGGCGGCGCUGAAGAACACCUCUGACAUGGUCUACCUCAAGGUGGCCAAGCCCGGACCCGUGCACCUCAACGACAUGUAUGCCCCUCCGGACUACUCCAGCAGUCUGGCCCUCCCCGCCCUCCCUCCAGCCUUCCCCACCAUGGUGGACAACCACGUCAGCCACAACUCAGGCAUGGCCUACAUGGGAGCUAUGGAGCCCAAGCCCGUCUACAGCCAGCCCCCCCAGGUCACGCCCUCCAGGUACUCCCCAGACCCCCGUCACAUGCUGGGGGAGGAAGACUUCACCAGUCCCGGCCCGCGUCCUGACGCUGUUGCUCUGUUUGGCAGGGAGCCGCGGAAGGUGCUGCUGCACAAGGGCUCCACGGGGCUGGGCUUCAACAUUGUGGGCGGCGAGGAUGGAGAGGGCAUUUUUGUCUCCUUCAUCCUGGCCGGAGGACCAGCAGACCUGAGCGGAGAGCUCAGAAGGGGAGACCGCAUCCUCUCGGUGAAUGGGGUGAACCUGCGGAAUGCCACCCACGAGCAGGCAGCUGCAGCGUUGAAGAGGGCCGGCCAGACGGUCACCAUCAUCGCCCAGUACCGACCAGAAGAGUACAGCCGGUUUGAGUCCAAGAUCCACGACCUGCGGGAACAGAUGAUGAACAGCAGCAUGAGCUCUGGGUCGGGCUCCCUGCGCACCAGCGAGAAACGCUCCCUCUAUGUCAGAGCUCUGUUUGACUACGACCGGACCAGAGACAGCUGUCUGCCCAGCCAGGGCCUGAGCUUCUCCUAUGGGGACAUCCUGCAUGUCAUCAAUGCCUCCGAUGACGAGUGGUGGCAGGCGCGCCUGGUCACGCCCCACGGGGAGAGCGAGCAGAUCGGGGUCAUUCCAAGCAAGAAGAGGGUGGAGAAGAAAGAGCGAGCGAGGUUAAAAACAGUCAAGUUCCACGCCAGGACGGGCAUGAUCGAGUCCAACCGGGACUUCCCAGGGUUAAGCGAUGACUUUUAUGGAUCAAAGAGUUUGAAAUGCCUGACGUCAAACACCAGCGACAGUGAAAGCAGCUCAAAGGGCCAGGAAGACACCAUUCUCUCAUACGAGCCAGUGAUUCGACAGGAGAUUCAUUACACGAGGCCUGUGAUCAUCUUAGGCCCAAUGAAAGACCGAGUUAACGAUGACCUGAUUUCAGAGUUCUCUCACAAGUUUGGCUCCUGCGUUCCUCACACGACACGUCCGCAGCGGGAGAACGAGAUGGACGGCCAGGACUACCACUUUGUGGGCUCGCGGGAGCAGAUGGAGAAGGACAUUCAGGAUAAUAAGUUCAUUGAGGCGGGCCAGUUCAACGAGAACCUCUAUGGGACCAGCAUCUUGUCUGUCAGAGCAGUGGCUGAGAGGGGAAAACAUUGUAUCCUGGACGUGUCUGGGAACGCUAUAAAGCGACUUCAACAAGCACAACUUUAUUCGAUCGCAAUUUUCAUCAAACCAAAAUCCAUUGAAGCUCUUAUGGACAUGAAUAAGAGACAGACUUACGAACAAGCUAAUAAAGUCUUUGAUAAAGCAAUUAAGCUUGAACAAGAGUUUGGAGAAUUUUUCACAGCCAUUGUACAGGGUGAUUCGCUAGAGGAGAUCUACAACAAAAUCAAGAUGAUCAUUGAGGAACAGUCGGGCCCCUACAUCUGGAUACCUUCUUCAGAGAAGCUCUGAGCUCCCCAGCUGUACUCCUCUGUCAGCGCAGAGACCCCCCCCCCCCCCCGACCGACACCCCGCCCAUCCCCCGAAGAGCUCCUCCCUCCCCCCUUUUUUGCAGAUAUGUUUCAUAUCAAGUUUUAGUGUCAUCAUUAUGUUAAUCUCAAAUGAAAACUAGUCUUAUCACCAUUUCUGUGACUGUGCACACCCCUGCAUGAGUUUCUCAGCAAAUCCAUUCAAGACUGGAAAUGCCAUUUCAAAUGAAUUUGUCAUUUUAAAACAAAGCAAGGGAAAAGCAAAAUUAAUCGUUCUUUGUGAAAUGGGACUGACAGUUGAAGAUCAGAAUGUUUUACAGACGACGCUGGAGUGAGGAGGAGUUAGGGAUUCAGGAGAAGUUGCAGACCAAUCAUACUAGUUGGAACACUGUAAAUGUUCAUCAAAUCACAUUUUUAAAAAAGACACGCAAGAUGAGAAGCAAAGACCACUUAGGUUUUUUUUCUACAAGGACUGGAUAAUAUCAAGCCCAGCUGAUGGUACUGUUGGAGUUAUCGCGCUUCUUUGUAAUUACUGAAGAAAUUGGUGGAGAAGCCUACAGACUGGUGAUCUACCAGCUUGCUGUUUGAUCAGCUGCCAGUUGUUGGUGCUGCAGCUGAUACAGACCUCUUGGGAGGCAGAACCAAUGGAAGAAAUUAGUUCUGAAUCUCUACAUUUAUAUAAUGAAAUCACAAGGUAAAUUAUCAAAUCCUACUGCGAUUUUACUACAUAUUAAAAACGACACGUUUUACACUUCACUAGAAUUGUCUACUUGGAGAGGGCUGUUAGAUUGUUUUUUUGGAGGGGGGAUUUUUUUGCUUGUGGUUUUUAGCUGCUCUGUGUAAAGGAUGGGAGUAGAGAAGUGUAACGGGGCUCUCUGCAAAACACCAAACUGCCUUACAUCAAAUACAAAUUGUUAUAUUACUACCUGUACUUUGAGGGAAGCUAUAAAUAAUUGACAAUGAAAAAAAGAUGGAACUUUUUAUUUUAAAUGUUCACUUUUCUGCGUUGUCUCCUGACUUCCAGGAGGCCUAACUUGUGAGUGCAAUAGACGAACGCAUCGCACUUCUGUGGACUUCUAUCUUCCCUUUGUAUUCUUUUUGACCCUUUUCCUGUUGUAAUUUAAGAUUUGAUUGGAUUUCAAUUUAGGCAGCCAUAGCUCCCUCACCCACGUUGAGCAGCAGAUCACCCUAUUACACUCUUUACCUUCCAAGAGGAGUGUGUCUUCUGAUUGAAUGGUCACAUGGUACUGUCCUGAAUAUGCCAUCAUGAAGGUGGCCUUAAAAACGGGUAGAACAAGACAAUACUUGUAUUGGAUGUCCUAACAGAGGCAAUUUAACCUGCUUUUGGAUUGUCCCCUUUCCCCCCACCCAAAAUAACACUAAAGAGUGGUUUGAUUAAAACCUACAUUGCAUUCGUAAAGUA